CUCGCCAACACAUCAAGUCAAUUUUGACCUUGAUCCAACGUCUCCCACCCUCCCCACUGACUGACGACAACGACGAACUGCAACCACACCACCUCAUCGCUCUGGUGCUGUUGUCUCCAUCGUCCAACACCGCGCUGCCAAGAUGUCCAUGACCUUGUUUCGCCUGGCGGGCGACUUGUCGCACGUCCUGGCCAUCCUCCUUCUUCUCUACAAGAUCUGGACCACAAAGUCUGCUGCUGGCAUCAGCGGGAAGACGCAGCUGAUGUUCUGCAUGGUGUAUGUGACACGGUACCUGGAUUUGUUUACGUCAUUCAUCUCCGUCUACAACAGCACCAUGAAGGUGCUCUUCAUCUCUGCCUCUGUGGCCACCGUCUACCUCAUCUACUUCAAGUUCAAGGCCACGUACGAUGGCAAUCACGACACCUUCCGCAUGGAGUUUGUCAUUGUUCCCGCCCUCAUCCUCGCCCUCAUCUGGAACUACGCCUUUACUUUCUUCGAGAUCUCGUGGGCGUUUUCCAUCUUCCUGGAGGCGGUUGCGAUUCUGCCGCAGCUGUUCAUGGUCACCAAGACGGGCGAGGCCGAGAACAUCACCAGCCACUACCUCUUUGCGCUUGGGUCGUACCGUGCGCUGUACAUCCUCAACUGGAUUGACCGGUACUACUUUGAGGGCCACUGGGACCCCAUUGCCGUCACCGCCGGCAUUGUGCAGACGGUCCUCUAUGGCGACUUUUUCUACCUCUACUUCACACGAGUGAUCAAGGGCCGGAAGCUUCAGGUUCUGCCGUGAGCAGUUGCGUGACAGCACACCAGCCCAACCCCACCCCAAACCCGUUCUCCAUUCGCUCUUUCCCUUUUGUGUUGUUAUCGUUGGUGCCCUGAGGUUUGUGCACGUGUGCAUAUGUGUGUGUGUGUGUGCGCGCGCGUGCGUGUGUGCGUGUGUGUGUGCAGGCGUUUGACGUGUAGUCGAUUGUGUUGUGCGUGCGGAGUCUCUGAUUGUGUUCUUUGUGGCUGCGCUUCACGGCUGUGUCGCAUACAUCCGCGCUCGUGUCGUGUUGUGUUUGCUUGUUUGACUGCUUGUUUUGUUUCGUGUUGCAUCAUCAUUUCAUGUAUGCAUGGGAUCAUAAACACAGCCAGUGCCAGCAUCCCCCAACACAGGCGAAAAGCAGGAGCAAUUACACUACAUAAG